GAAUAGGAACUUAGCCUACAAAACGUGACAAAAAUUAUUUCUCUAAUGCCAAGUUGACAUUUGAUUUUCUUAUGGCAUACUUCGAUUGCAAUUUGCAACUUGGUUUCCUGUAUAAAUUUAUGGCGAAUGAACUACUAAUCCUAAAGAAGCUAGCGGCACGUUCUAUCCUAAAGAAGACACUAACAAUGGGAAUCUGCAGAAAUAUGGGUACCCAACCAAGGGUACAAAGAAGGCUAGGAGGAAACAGAGCUACACUUUUUGUAUAUGCUAUGGAAGGGCUAGAGAACAUGGCUUUUGUUGCCAAUGCUGUGAGCCUAGUAACUUACUUCUUUGGGUACAUGAACUUCAGCUUAACAAAAUCUGCCACAACCCUGACCAACUUUAUGGGAACUGCAUUUUUACUGGCACUGGUUGGUGGAUUAAUCAGUGACACAUAUCUUUCUAGGUUCAAGACUUGUGUUCUGUUUGCCUGCAUGGAAUUGCUGGGAUAUGGUAUCCUCACAGUUCAAGCACGCUUCCACCAAUUAAGACCCAUCCCCUGCAAAGAUCUAGCAACAACCCAAAUGAGUCAAUGUGAGGCUGCUACAGGUGGCCAUGCUGCAAUACUUUAUACUGGCCUCUACCUUGUUGCUUUAGGAACCGGUGGUAUUAAGGCAGCUUUACCAGCCUUAGGGGCUGAUCAAUUUGAUGAAAAAGAUCCCAAGGAGGCAACUCAACUUUCAAGCUUUUUCAACUGGUUCUUGUUCAGCCUUACCAUAGGAGCAAUUAUUGGUGUUACUUUCAUUGUUUGGAUUGGUGUCAACCUGGGAUGGGAUUGGAGCUUUAUUGUAUGCACAUUAACAAUUCUAUUCGCAAUUGUGUUCAUAUGCAUGGGCAACUCGUUGUACCGAAACAAUGUCCCAAAGGGAAGCCCUCUAGUUCGAAUCAUUCAGGUGUUUGUGGCAGCCUUUAGAAACAGAAAACUUCUGAUUCCAGAUAAUACAGACGAGCUGCAUGAGAUUCAUGAAAAGCAAGGAGGAGACUAUUAUGAAAUUAUUAAAAGCACGGAUCAAUUCAGAUUCUUGGACCGGGCAGCAAUUGCUAGAAGCAGCACAGGUGCAAGAACAACCUCAGGCCCCUGGAGACUUUGCACAGUGACACAAGUGGAAGAAACAAAAAUCUUAGUCCGCAUGCUACCAAUAAUACUCAGCACCAUAUUUAUGAACACUUGUUUGGCUCAACUUCAGACUUUCACUAUACAACAAAGCACCACCAUGGACACCAACCUAGGGGGGUUUAAAGUGCCAGGACCCUCUGUACCAGUCAUCCCUUUGCUGUUCAUGUUUGUCCUAAUCCCUUUAUACGACCGUGUUUUCGUCCCGCUUGCUCGAAGAAUCACAGGGAUUCCCACCGGAAUUCGACACCUUCAGAGGAUUGGAAUUGGUUUGGUUUUGUCUGCUGUUUCCAUGGCAGUGGCUGGUUUUGUGGAAACACGCCGCAAGUCUGUGGCCAUACAACACAACAUGGUGGAUAGCACUGAGCCUUUGCCAAUAAGUGUGUUCUGGCUGGGUUUCCAAUAUGCUAUUUUUGGAGCUGCAGACAUGUUUACCCUGAUAGGGCUUUUGGAGUUUUUCUAUGCAGAAAGUUCAGCAGGAAUGAAGUCACUUGGCACUGCAAUCUCGUGGAGUUCCGUUGCAUUCGGUUACUUUACAAGCACGGUGGUCGUUGAGGUGGUUAACAAAGUGAGUGGAGGCUGGCUGGCUAGUAACAACUUGAAUAGAGACAACCUCAACUACUUCUACUGGUUAUUGUCUGUGUUAAGCGUUGUAAACUUUGGAUUCUAUUUGGUUUGUGCUUCUUGGUAUAGAUACAAAACGGUGGAAAACGAGCAAGGUGAUUCAAAAGAUAAUGUUGACAUGGCCAAGGUUUAGAUUAUUAGGCCUGCAAGAUGUUCAGUGUAAUUUUUAUGUUUCUGUUCGAGUAUCUCUGUUAUAAAUAUUAGGCCUGCUAGCAAAUCCUGCAUAAAUAGCUGCUGUAAAACUGUGAAAGUGAAACAACCAAGGAAAAUUGCAGAACAGUUCUUGGUCAAAAGCAACUUAUCAAGCUCGAUCGGCAGAUGAACCAAAUGCAAUGCUUGGAUAUAAAUAUAAUGGCAAGUUUAUUUCUGAAACAUACACUAGAGGUUGGCCAAGAAACAGAUAUCAUUGAUAUGCUUGUUUACCGCCACUGGAAUGUAAUUGAACUCUUUUAAUGAUGUAUUAGUAUAAAUAUUUACAUUAAUCAAAAUCAUGAAUAGAAUUUAAA